GUGUUUCUCCCACGUUGUUCGCCUACACCCAAGGUACUCGACUCGAUGAAACAGGGUCUUUCUUCUAAAACGCAUCAACCAAAGACAAUUACUUGUAAUGAAGGUACAUGAUAGUACACGGGCCUCUUCCUGCCGCCUCGAUACUGCAGAUGCCAAUGGAAAGAAAGCCAACCCUUAGCGUCUUGUCGAUCUCCCCUCCCACUUGCCAUUCGCGGUUUACUUCAAUUCUGAGCCUCUAGACUACCUAAAGGAUCUCCAAUUUGUCGGGAUAUCCCAUUUCCAAUUGAGGUCAUGGUCUCGAUUUCUUCAUUCCUUCGUCUUUUAGGUUCCUCUCUCGGUUUCUCCUUCUCAGGAACACAUCCAGUCCCCACUCGGAACUCAAUCUCACCCUGACCUGAAUACGGGAAGGCACGCCCAUCGAUUUUGACUUUAUGGCUUUUAGGUCGACUUCGGAGAUCGAUCCAGGGCGGUAGCUUGGUGGUCUAGCAUCGCGCCUUGGUGUCAUCGCCGCUAUCUAUCCCGUCUUAGUUUCAACCUAAGUUUUAACUACGUCGGGUUUCCCACUUCUCAUGGCGUAGCUACCUACCUCCAGCUACGUACGUCAGUUGUUCUUGCGUCCUUCAUCAACAUCACCUCCUCGAUCACAAGCUCGAUCUACCCUAUGAACAAGAAGCACCCCUGAGAAUCAUCCCCUACAACACCUUGUCGCAAGCACCCAGACCGUCGAAUCUCGAUACUACCCUACCAUUGUACGAGCCACGAUCUACCUAAAAAGCCACACCUGGUCCUUGUCCUCCCAAGUUCGGCUCCCAAGCAUCUUCAAAGUCUCGUGACCUGAUCUGCCCUGAACCUGGCAUGACCCGACAAUAAAGACGCUUGUGGAAUUCGGAAAUCGCUAACUAACACGAGCCUCAACGCGCCCUGGUCGCUACCGCGGGUCCUGGCUUUACCUUUGCUCUGUCGAGCAACGACUGGCCUUUGGUCCUCUCAGGCGGCCCUGCCCGCCUUGGUGAAUCGAACCACCAUUACUCGACUCGAAUUUAUCAACAGACAUUUUGGUCAAUGUCACGCCAGCCGUCUUUGACGACAUUUCGAAGCUUAAGCUUAAGCUCUUGCUUCAUUUCAGCCCCUGACCAUCUUGCCUCUUUUCUCUCGCUCUCACUCUCAGUUAUUCGCACAUGGGAUAAUAGGCGGCUCCAAUCUCACCUGCCGUCCUCAUGAUUUGGUACUUCCUGUACCCACUCCGAGGGUCAGUCUUAUUUGCCCCGAUCCCUACCGUGCUUCCGUUCCGCUCUCCGUCUCCGUCCUCCGCUUCGUCCUCCGUCUUCAGCUCACAUCCUGUUGCAGAACAACGGAAGCUCCGGUUCUCGCGCCUACUCAUCCUAUACGCCGCGCCCUUCAUCGAUAUGGAUCAUACGCCGCUAGCCAUGUUGUCGCAACUCUCCUCGUUUCGGUCGUCGUGGCCACCAUGCUAACUUAUCCCAUCCCUUACCUCUUCACAAGUGACUACGUCAACGGCGCUUCUAAUCUCCCUCAUCAUGCUUGGACUGUCGCUCAGCCACUACACUAUGGUACCAGCAUUCGUCCCGAUGUCAUGAUGCGCUCAAUCUGGGUCCAUGGCAGUUAUAUGCAGGCAUUGGAACAAGACCUCCUCGUUUCUGCCUUGGAACUGCAAAAUGAGUUGCUUGGAAGCACUGAGAACUUUCGCCCAAUCCGCGCUCGACAUGUUGCCCGUUCUUUACCAGAACCCGGAGCCGAUCUCUCGACAACUCAACGGGAUGCCUUUCAUGCUAUCAAUGGCUUGAAUAACCAGUCUUGGUUCUUUCACUCACCACUUCAGUACUGGGAUUGUAUUCAAGAGAACAUAUUGGUCGACCCUGAUAUCCUGGCAACCGUCAACGACAAAAAGACCCAGUCUACGUCAGUCAAUGUCACGCUCAGACACUCCAUCGUUUUUAGUGGAAAACGAUUCGAGGAACGUCGUCUCGUUGCUGCAGAUGCUCUCGUCAUCACCCUGAUCUAUCUACGAGACUCCCCCGUCGGCCAGCAGUGGGAAAGGAAGGCCACCUUGUUACCAGACAAGGUUUCGAAUAAAUGGGACAUCUACCCAUCUGACGGCCGGUCAACCUCGAGCCAGCUCUAUGAGUUCCAGUUUCGUCCUAUAUCUCGCCAAGAUACAGCCAUGCUCGCAGUCGCGUAUGCCUUGACGUCGAUCUACUUCCUCAUGAGCUUAUCAAAGCUCAGGGCUUUCAAGUCCAAAUUUGGCCUCAUUGUUACGGUCGUGUCCCAGAUCGCUUUCUCUGUCAUGUCAAGCUUCACCGUGUGCGCCAUUUUCAGACUUGACCUAUCACGCAUCCCAAGAGCAGCCUACCCGCUUGUUGUCCUCUCCAUGAGUCUUGAGAAUAUUUUUAGACUUAUCAAUGCCGUAAUUCUUACCCCUGCUGAAGACUCAACAAGCAGCCGUAUCGGCAAUGCAUUUGGAGAAACUGCCCAUACAGCUAUUACCAGUUCACUGCAGAACGUGUUUCUUCUGUUGAUGCUUUCACGUUGGGUGUCUCCUGGUGUUUCGGCUUUCUGCUUAUUUGCCGCUGUCGCGAUUGUGUUCGACCUUUUUUACCUUUCAACCUUCUUCUUGUCUGUUCUCAGCGUUGAUGUCCGGCGUACCGAGCUUAGUGACGCGCUUGCCAAAGCUUCGAUGCGUCAUAAUCGUAGAGGCUCUGAUUUCAAGCCUCGUGGAACGUGGGAACUUGUACUUCAAGGCAAAGCGACUUUGUCGACACGCAUAGCAGGCACUAUCAUCAUGCUUGGUUUCGUACUCAUCGCCCAAUGGCACUUUUUUGGGGAAGGCACUGUCUUGAACUUCUUUUCACGCCUGUAUCGAGGAUAUGGCGCCCUGGAAAACAGUGGCUCGUCACAGAAUCCUCUGGACUCCAUACACCAGGCACGCAGUCCUAAGUCCUGGCUUCGUUUGCAGGAUCACGAAACGGCUCAAGAAAUCAUCAGUAUCAUCAAGCCCACAGCACAUAGCUACGUUGCGAGAGUAUUUGAGCCGGUUGUCUUCGUCAUGAAAGGUUCGGAUCGUAUGCCUCACCUUAAGGAACCGACUCUACUACCGGCACUUUAUGACUUCAUCAACCAUCAACUCACUCGAUUUGUUGUGAUACUUCUGGUCGUUAUUGCGAGUGUCCGGCUGCUUACAACGUUCCUCCUGUGGGAAGACGAAAGUGACGAUGAUGAUCGCCACUCGGAUACGGAUCCCACACUAGACGUCAAGUCUUUUACCGGAGGACACAGACUUGAUGUUGUAAUGCUUGCUGCAGCGGCUGAUGGCCAUGUUGUAUCGGUCGGAUUGGAUCGCACAAUACAAGUUUGGGACGCCCAGCACGACAUAUUCCCAUAUACCAUCGUUGAUGGCUACCGCUCAGACGAUGCCCCUUUUCCUGUGCUCGCCAUGACUAUUGAUGACAACUCCAAGUGGUUGGCCAUAUUAUCACCCUCCAAGAUAGCUUUAUGGAACGUAAAGGACAAAGUCUGGGGGCCUCCGCUCUCCGUCAAUCUUCAAGGCCAGAAAUCCGAGGCCUUCUUUUUCGGCUCGUCCGACACAAACAGCGAUAUUCCUCGACUGGUUCUCGUACGCAGAAACGGGACACUUACCGAAUUCAUGCCGGACGCAGGUGAAGGGGCAGACUACGGCAUCUGUCGAAGUCCACUUACAUGCGUUAGACCUCUGAUUGGGAAGCGGAGCAAGCAGGCAGCGCCAUUAAUUGCCAUUAUCACCGCAUCUAGAAGAGGCUGUGUUCACGCAGCGACAAGAGAGACGCUUUCAUGGAAUUCCCGAAGUGUUCAUCUCGAGGGCAUUGAACAAGAUGGAGUUCACCAAGUGGUGCCUCUUUCAUCAUUAGGCCUCUUCUUGAUUGCAGGAGCCAGCCGCGUUCAUCUCAUGGAUAUGGAAGACUACAAUCUUGUCCAUACGUUUUCAACGGAACCCAUGGCCCAGCGCUCCCUUCAAAGCGCUUUCUUCAGCCGGCCUUCCUCUCAAUCAGGGUUCAAUGGCCUUGCAUGGUUUACCUUAUGCUAUACUGGAGCUGAGUCAGGGGAUUGUAUUGUGCAAACCUUCGUCCCUCCUGGAGAGCAUGACAUGAUUUAUUACCAAAGCUCUGUGGUCCCCGAAACUCGAGGCUGGUGUGCGUGGGAAUCGGUCAAGGAAACAAAAAGACAUAUAGAGAACCCUGGCUCAUGGAGUGUUCUAUCUGACGGUUGUGUUGUGGGCAUUCGGCAAAAGUCGAACCGAGUUCUAGAUGUCGAAACCAACGGACGGCGCAAAACAGAUGGGCUUCGACACCGAUCUCCGCGCAAAGAACCAGGACGGGAUUUGUUUGGUCGUUGGGAGAUUUGGACCGCGCCACAGAGUGGCCAGUUAAGAACUGACGAGACACGACCGCUAUUUCAAGAUAACGAAAGAGCUGGACACUUGAUCGUGACAGACAUCGGCCCUAUGGUUCGAGUCGGCCAGCGAUCAGUUGCAUUUAGCUUCGGCAAUGUGGUGAAACUAGUCACAGUUGGAGGGCACGAGCGGUUUGAGAACAGUAUGACAGAUAAGAGCUUGGAACAUCUGAACAUCGGAAGCAGGCGUCGAAAGCCAGGCGCACUGGUACGACCUAGAGCUUGGACUUAGGCUUAUCAGCGAGGAUUGUAGUUUUUUGUCUCGGAAUAUUGGGCGUUUGGCAGGCAAGGACUGCUAUAGGUUUUAGGUGCACACGUCUGGAUUGGAGUAGAAAGGCGCAAACGGAGUCGUUUUCCAUAGCUGGGAAUAUUCGAUUGGAGUCAGGAGAAGGCACACGAACAGACUGGCGCAGAUACCAUAGAUGAUUGGAAACGGUUUCAAUGUCUAGGGGGAAUAGAGACUGUGGCAACAUGUGUUCAUAUUUUUUAGUAUUCAAUUACUGUCUAUGCCUGUUUGUAUUCUUUCUAAGGUGAACGAGGUCAAAUGGUAUAUUGGUAACAAACACCUCGAACCUAUGGGACAUGGCGCCCCAGCAGCCCGACUAGAAAACUCACCGCUGCAGUCAUAUGUCUGCCUUGGUAAAAUUUCGGAGCUGAGCGAGGAGCAAAGGCAAAAACAUGACGUGAAGUGGGAUGCCGUCAAAAACCGAGAGGUUGGGAUCCAAUGCUUGCUCGCAGCUGAAUAUGGGGCUCAUAACGUGUAAGUCAAUCGUCAGGGCAAGGUCCGUGAGUGAACAGAAUUAGCCUGAUCGAGGCGACGAGUAAUUGGAUUCUGCAUAUGCUACGUGUUCGAGAGGGCGGUCGCAUAAAGAGAGGCCACCCGUGAUGUCGGACGGAUCAUGAUUGAGUGGAAGGGAAGAUACGAGAUGGUGGGAGUUAUAAUUCAGGUGGCUGGGAAGUGCAGGGUAGAUGAUGAUUGGUUGAGGAGACGUGGAUCACAUUUAAAGGUCAAGUCAGCGUAUAUCCUGAAAUGGGAACAAUUGGAUGAGUAUGAUUAAAGACAAGCGUCAAACUUGACGCCCAUGAGAAAAGAAAGAGGGUAGAAGCAGUUGUGGUUAGGCAUAGAUUAUGGUUGUGAGCUGUGUUGUGACUUGGGCGGUAUCUACUACACUUGUGCUGCAUUGAAGCCUGACAGAGGAUUGACAGAGAUAAUAUCAAGGUCAAGCAGCAAGUCAUACAGAUAUGGGUCAUAUUACCUCAUACUGCGUAAAGUCAACGGCCAGCGGCUCUCCAUCGUCAUGCAUGA